ACAGAUUCCUGCUCAUUGUUAGACACUGUUUGGAGGGGAUAAAAAUUAUAGGUCAUAGUUGUUGCAUAUUUGGUGUCAGUUUAUUAUUAAAAAGCUGCUGAUCUCAACGACACUAUGUACCUGUUAGACAUAAUAAGUAACACAUAUUUUCUCUACAUCUGCCAUGGAAACAAAAAUAUGAUAGAUUUGCAUUGUAUAGUUCGAUGUGCAGUGGUUGAAGAUUCAUUGCACCUAAGUGAACCUACCUAAUCGCGAUUUCAUGUUGCCUCUUUGAAACGAUUUGACUCACCUUUGACACCUCCAACGAAGGCGUAGGAAGUGUAGUGUCACUCCACUGGAUGCCAUUUUUUCAUUGAACACAAGAGCAUCAACCUAUAUCUCCAAAUAGGUAUGAAAAAGUAUUAGGAUGAUUUAUGAGGAAGCAACACUGAGAAAAGUCUGCUCCUAUAUUACACAUAUCAAAGACCAUUUAUGGAAAAGGACUCAGCUAGUUUGCUCAACUGGCAAAAUUUUUGACUUUUAAUCAAACAUUCAACCGUAUUAAUCUUGCAUAGAAAAACAGUCUGUGGGAAGCGUAUAGCAAUAAAUGAAUAUCUAACAUAUAAAAUGACGGCUUCAGAAACGUUAAUUGGACUUUGUAUGAGAUACCUCCAGUCAUACCAUAACACGCUUUCAAUGAAAAUUAAAAUAAAUACUGGCUGGUUCAAAUGCAGCUUUAAUGUUCGUUUUCUAUUUUCCGAUAAAGUCAGUGUGCGUGUGCAAUGUGUAUAUGUAGGUGAAUCUACAAUGGGUGUUCUAUGGAGUAUGCUGGGCUACAAGUGCGCCGAAUUGAGGGACGACGAUCCAGAUCCAGUAACUACCCUGACUUCAAAAGAUAAAUUUAUUAUCCGGUCAUCCUGGGCUAGAAUAAUGAAGAACCCCAUUGAAAAUGGAAUAGCGAUAUUAACUUUGUUCUUCGAGGACUAUCCGCAACACAAACAGUUAUUUCCAUUCAGAGACGUACCAAAUAAAGAGUUAGGACAAAACAAGCGAUUUCAAGCCCACUGCAGCGCUAUUAUGUACUCCUUGACUUCUGUCGUUGAUGUAGUGGAUAAACCAGAUCUGUUAGUAACCAUUUUGAUGAAAAUUGGACGUGAUCAUGUACCAAGAGGAGUUAAUGAACAAGGGCACCUGGUGUCAGCACAGCACCCAAAUCUUUUGAAUAGCAAACAUUCCUAGACUUCCUGUACUCAACAGUGAGGGAGUAGAAUCGAUGAGAUAAGAUAGGCAAUAGUUUUCUUCCCAGUUGAAUGAUAUCAAAUUCUGACAGCUGCUGACAUUCAUCAAACAAGAUUGAGUUGAAAACAACAAUAGUCAAGGUGUUUAAAACGUUAAUGAGUGAAGAAGAGAUGAAAUCUUGGACAAAAGCUGUAAACGUUAUAUUUGACGUGAUAUUGAAAGGUGCAGGGGAAAUCAAGGGAUAAGCUGGAUAGUUUUUUCAACGUACUUAAAUAAUAUAAUUAACGUAUUAUCUACCUUUUUACUUUUUACUCCUGGGACUUUGUUUCUUAAGUUUUUAUAGGGUCGACUAAUAAAGUGAUAUUAACGUUAUAAACUGAA